UUGAAUCCCUCCUUCACCUUUGUCAAUUUCUGAGCUUGCAUUAGAACGCCUCGUUGUUUCCCACGCUUGGAAAGAAGUUAACAGGCUUUUAUCUGAGGUUCGGAAGAGAGAGGGCACCUACAGAAGAGAAAAUCAUAGAAGCUUAAUCUUUUUGGAUUUCCCUGCAAGUCGAGUGGGACCCGCCAAAUUGACGGGGAAGAGCAGUGACCGCGAGCCAUCUGGAAUCGAAAAGGCUACCGCAGCGACUGUUACAAUCAGGCGCGCAACAUUGUUGCAGUGUGACUGCUCGAGCGCGAACAAGGGAAUAACACACAUCUAGCAAUGGUUUACAUGAGAGCAUUUUAUCAGACUUUUAUAUUAUUGUAAACGUAAACUUCGAAUUAAAUCCCGGGUGUUUAACAGGAAGGAAUACAAUAUAUUUUCUAAAAGGAUAAAGUAUGCCGGACCAAAUUACAGUGUCCGAGUUCAUGGCGGAGACAAAUGAAGAUUAUAAAGCGCCAACUGCAUCAAACUUCACCACUAGAAUGUCCCACUGUAGGAAUACCGUGACUGCUUUGGAGGAGGCGCUGGAUGUGGACCGCAGUGUGCUGUACAAGAUGAAGAAGUCAGUCAAGGCCAUCUACACCUCAGGUCUGGCCCAUGUGGAGAAUGAGGAGCAGUACACCCAGGCCCUCGAGAAGUUUGGGGAGAACUGUGUCUACAGGGAUGACCCCGACCUGGGCUCUGCCUUCCUGAAGUUCUCUGUUUUCACCAAGGAGCUCACCGCCCUCUUCAAAAACCUGUUCCAGAACAUGAACAACAUCAUCACCUUCCCUCUGGACAGCCUGCUGAAAGGAGACCUGAAAGGAGUCAAAGGGGACCUGAAAAAGCCCUUUGAUAAGGCCUGGAAAGACUACGAAACGAAAGUCACUAAGAUCGAGAAGGAGAAGAAGGAGCAUGCGCGGCAGCACGGCAUGAUCCGCACUGAGAUCAGCGGGGCAGAGAUAGCAGAGGAGAUGGAGAAGGAGAGGAGGUUCUUCCAGCUACAGAUGUGUGAGUAUCUUCUUAAAGUGAAUGAGAUCAAGAUCAAGAAAGGGGUGGACCUACUCCAGAAUCUCAUCAAAUAUUUCCAUGCACAGUGCAAUUUCUUUCAGGAUGGGCUGAAAGCAGUAGACAACCUCAAACCCUCCAUAGAGAAGCUAGCCACAGACUUACACACGAUAAAGCAGGCCCAGGACGAGGAGAGGAAGCAACUCACUCAGCUACGGGACGUCCUCAAGUCAGCGCUGCAGGUGGAGCAGAAGGAGGAGUCCCAGGUGAGACAGAGCGCCACCUACAGUUUGCACCAGCCUCAGGGCAACAAGGAGCAUGGUACCGAGCGCUGUGGGAACCUCUACAAGAAGAGUGACGGGUUAAGGAAAGUGUGGCAGAAGAGAAAGUGUUCAGUAAAGAACGGAUACCUUACCAUAUCACAUGGGACGACAAACCGAGGGGGUGGUAAAACUCAUUUCCUCACCUGCCAGGUGAAACACAACCCAGAGGAGAAGAAGAGCUGACCUCAUCUCACCUUGUAUGACAGAACGUAUCACUUUCAGACCGAGGACGACUCAGAAUGUCAGAUAUGGAUCUCUGUGCUGCAGAACAGUAAGGAGGAAGCGCUGAAUAAUGCUUUUAAGGGAGACCAGCACGUUGGGGAGAACAACAUCGUCCAGGAGCUGACCAAGGCCAUCCUGGGAGAGGUCAAGAGGAUGACCGGCAACGAUGUCUGCUGUGACUGCAGAGCGCCCAACCCCACGUGGCUCUCCACUAACCUGGGCAUCCUGACGUGUAUAGAGUGUUCUGGGAUCCACAGGGAGUUGGGAGUCCACUACUCCAGGAUCCAGUCCCUCACGCUGGACGUCCUCAGCACCUCUGAACUCUUGCUGGCCAAGAACGUGGGGAAUGCAGGCUUUAAUGACAUCAUGGAGGCGUGUCUUUCUGCAGAAGAUGUGGUCAAACCCAACCCUGCCAGUGACAUGCAAGCCCGUAAGGACUUCAUCACAGCCAAGUACACAGAGAAGCGUUUUGCCAGAAGGAAGUGUCCAGACGGGGUGUCCAAGCUGCACACGCUCUGUGACGCAGUCAAGUCCCGGGACAUCUUCUCUCUGAUCCAGGUGUAUGCUGAGGGAGUGGACCUGAUGGAGCCCAUCCCCCUGGCCAACGGACACGAACAAGGUGAAACGGCCCUUCACCUAGCGGUCAGAUUAGUGGACAGGACCUCGCUCCAUAUCGUCGACUUCCUCACUCAAAACAGUGUGAACCUGGACAAACAGACAGCCAAAGGCAGUACGGCCUUACACUACUGCUGCCUGACUGACAACAUGGAGUGCCUCAAACUGCUCCUGCGCGGCAAGGCCUCCAUUGACAUAGCUAGUGAGUCUGGGGAGACGCCGCUGGACAUCGCUAAGAGACUGAAGCACCUGCAGUGUGAGGAGCUGCUGAACAUGGCACUGGCGGGGAAGUUCAACGCCCAUGUGCACGUAGAGUAUGAAUGGCGUCUGCACCAUGAAGACAUGGACGAGAGUGAUGAGGACCUGGAUGACAAGGUGAGGCCCAGCCCCCAUCGGAGAGAGGAGCGCCCUGCCAGCUGCUACACCCCUGGCUCCAACUCCCACCUCCAGCCCAGCCCGGCUUCCCUGGCACGGGACAAGCAGCGUGGUGGGUACAUGCCCAACCUAGUCACCAACGAGACCUAUGGUGCCAUCCUCAACGCCAGCCCUCCUGCGCCAGGGGGGCCCGCCACCACCUCUGCACCCCCUCUCCCUCCACGAAACAUAGUCCAGAUGCCAGGUCUGUGUGGGAUGGUCCAGUCAUCAAGGUCCUCUGGGUGGAAGCCUGGCUCGAUAGACCUGGGGGGCCGACAGAGGUCCUCCUCAGACCCCCCCAACAUGCACCUCCCGGUACCCCCCAUGCGGGUCACCUCAACCACUGGUCUUGCUCCUCCCCCCGUGGCCAAGACAGUGAGUGUGAUGGAGGCUAUGAACCAGCAGUCUAAACCAGGGACCGGACAUGGCCACAGCAGAGCCCCACCACCCAAGUCUUCAUCUGGCAAUGCCAAAAGCUUCAGCAAAGGACCGACUCGGACGGGGUCCAUCGAAAGACCAGCUAAGGAAGUGCCGGGAUGCCCCCAGAACUCGAUAGGUCAAUCACUGCCUCCGGCCCCCAUGCCUAGGAAGACCUAUCCGAAGCAGAGGCCCAAGCGAGUAAAGGCCAUCUAUAACUGUCUGGCAGACAACCCAGACGAGCUGACCUUCUCUGAGGGGGAGGUGAUUGUGGUGGAUGGGGAGGAGGACCAGGAGUGGUGGCUGGGCCACAUUGAAGGAGAACCAAUGAGGAGGGGGGCUUUCCCCGUCACAUUCAUACACUUCAUCAUGGACUGAAGGUCAAAGGUCAACACAGGCACUGAUCUGGGAUGGAAACCUGGAAACAUCAUGUUCAUCAUCAUUCAUCAUCAAGCUUGUGCCUGCGCUAACACUACAGAAGAAUCAAGUGUCGCUGCCCAAUGCUUUGGCUGGACAGUCUGGGGGUUGCCAUGACAACUUGCACACCCUUCACUCCGGGAAUGUUACGUGACGUCAUAUCACUGCUCUUUAGACCAAGCCCGCAAAUGCUCAUGAGGAAACUGUGUUUAGACUUCUGACACCAUCUGACAUUUAAAAAAAACAAUGAUUGUAAUGAGUGCUCACAACAUUAAGAGGAUUAUUGACAAAAUGAAGGUUCUGUUCAUAAGUUUCACUUGGUUUUCCUCUGUGUGAAUUGUACAGAAAGUUAUUUAAAAACAACUGAGAGAGGGGACUACACACAGUAAUGUGGAUCUUUAGGAUUUCUUUCACUUAUCGUUAAUGUGAAUAUAGUCGUUAUGCUUACAUUCCACCUUCUUGCAUGGUUAAAGGGUGAACAAUUUUUUAAACGCAUAAUUGCUUAGUAGUCAAAGACAUGUAAACUUUUUAGGACUUCCAAUGUGGGAGGAAAAACUUCAUUCAAAAUGGUGCUAACCCAGGAAUAUGCUAGGAGCCCUCACGUAGGGAUGAUCCACUGUCCCCAUCUCAAGACAGCCUGUUACGUGGUAACAGCGGGGGGUUGAUGUGGGACAGCCUGUAACGUGGUAACAACGGGGGGUUGAUGUGGGACAGCCUGUAACAUGAUAUGAACAGGGGAUUGAUGUGGGACAGCCGGUAACGUGGUAACAACAGGGGGUUGAUGUGGGACAGCCUGUAACGUGGUAACAACGGGGGAUUGAUGUGGGACAGCCUGUAACGUGGUAACAACAGGGGAUUGAUGUGGGACAGCCUGUAACGUGGUAACAACGGGGGUUGAUGUGGGACAGCCUGUAACGUGGUAACAACGGGGUUGAUGUGGGACAGCCUGUAACGUGGUAACAACGGGGGGUUGAUGUGGGACAGCCUGUAACGUGGUAACAACAGGGGAUUGAUGUGGGACAGCCUGUAACGUGGUAACAACAGGGGGUUGAUGUGGGACAGCCUGUAACGUGGUAACAACGGGGGUUGAUGUGGGACAGCCUGUAACGUGGUAACAACGGGGGUUGAUGUGGGACAGCCUGUAACGUGGUAACAACGGGGGGUUGAUGUGGGACAGCCUGAAACGUGGUAACAACAGGGGAUUGAUGUGGGACAGCCUGUAACGUGGUAAUGAUGGUUUUCUGGGAGUAUAUGUAAACCUCCAUUGAUCACACCUAGGAGAACCCAGGCUCACUACCGUGUGUGUGUGUGUGUGUGUGUGUGUGUGUGUGUGUGUGUGUGUGUGUGUGUGUGUGUGUGUGUGUGUGUGUGUGUGUGUGUGUGUGUGUGUGUGUGUGUGUGUGUGUGUGUGUGUGUGUGUGUGUGUGUGUGUGUGCGCAUAUCAGCUUGAAACCAUACCAGUUACUUACAGCACAUUGUCUUCAUGUCGAUGGUCUACAGUGUGAUGCCAUUAUAAACAGGAUGGUUCGAGCCCUGAAUGCUGAUUGGCUGACGGCCGUGGUAUAUCAGACUGUAUACCACGGUAUGACAAAACAUGUAUUUUUACUGCUCUAAUUACAUUGGUAAUCAGUUUAUAAUAGCAAUAAGGUACCACUGGGUUUGUGGUAUAUGGCCAAUAUAAUACAGCUGAGGGCUGUAUCCAGGCACUCCGUGUUGCGUCAUGCUUAAGAACAGCCCCUAGCCAUGUUAUAUCGGCCAUAUACCACACCCCAUCGGGCCUUAUUGCUUAGUUAUAAAAUGGAUAACUAUCUUCGCUCCAUAGAUCACACUUAAGAUGUGAACCUCCAUCGCUCUGUGACUAAUCUUUGGGUUGAGCCCUCAGGCCUUCACACUCUACUUUUUGUUGUUUGCUGCAGUAGAGCAGGAAAUGUGUCUGUCCUCUCAGCAGGACAGGCAGCAGGAGAGGUGAGGUAAGGGGGACAGAAGUGUGUGUGAAAGGCAGUGGUCCGGUUUCUGUUUGAUCUCUGACAGACAGCAGAGGGGUUUAUGAAGCUCAUGGGGUGAUGGCUCCUGAUGUCCUGUGCCUUUUAUCUGUCAUGGACAGCAGGCUACCAAAUGGCUCUCACACAGAGGUAGAUGUGGUCGACACACACAGUUGUCAUUGUACUAAACACAACUUGUCCUGUGAUGAGGUGCCAUUGUAAGGGGGAUGGCACUGCUGGAUUACAGGUAAGGACAAUGCAGCUACUUUUUACACACUCUUUCUCUCUCUCUCUCUCUCUCACAUUCCUACUAUAGUAUUAAAUCUGAUUCAUAGUGCUCAGGACUAGAUUGUACCAUAUUACACAACUUGAUUACUAGCUGGGACCACAGUAGUUGCAGACUACCCAUGUUUUAUAUACAUACUAGUUCCUGUACUGAACAGACAUGUUUCAUUUAAUAUUCCUACAUUUUAUGUUGUUUGGUUUUGUUUGCAGAGCAACUCUCUCUACAUGUUUUGACAUUUAAUCUUAAAUGGGACAUACAGUUCCCUCGAUUGUGAAUAAACUUCAAUAGGCGACAGACAACAAGGUGUCGCAUGUGAAAAUGUACAUGACAAGCCUCCUCAUAUUAACUCACUGGAAAUAGAAUGGUUAAUCUGUUAAUGUACAUACAUUUUGUCUGUUGAUAUUUAAAUAUAAAAGAAGAGUAAAUAACCUUUGCAGUAACUGUCUCAAUCAGGGCUGGGGUCAAUUUCAAUUGAAGGCAGUCAAUUCAGGAAGUGAUUUUAAUUUAAAAUAAGAAAAUAUAAAAUGUUUGAAAUAGCUUUUAUUCCUCAUUUUAUUGAGAAGUCAUUGACAAUAGAAGCCGUUUUUUUCUAAACUUUUUUGUUAUUUAAGUUAACUUCAAUUCAAAUUUACCUCAGCCCUGCUCUUAAUGCAUUGUGGUAAAGUGCGGUUGCCAUAUUGUGUUUUCGCUGGUGUUCAGUGUGUAUGUAGACGAGUAGAGAAUCUAUUCCAUUCACGCUCAUUGACUGUGGAUCAGUACAUUGACUCUAACCUAUUCUGCAAAAUAAAUGGAAAACAAACUGGAAUAAUAAUAAUUCCUGUUUUUCCCCUGUAUUCAA